GAAAUAGUAACGGUCUGUGUGAUUCUAUUUUCCAUAUAAUAAUAAGAAUCAAUAAAUUCAUUAUUCACUUAAUUGUGUGAUGUGCCAGUUGAAAUGAAAAAGAUUUUUUUUAUGCUCACUGUGAAGAUCUUUAAAAAGGACUCAACUUUUACAAAGUAACAUUGUGUAUAUGCUGAUUUAUAAAUUCUUAAGAAUGGUUAAAUCAAAGAAACAAGUAUAUUCAACAGUGACAAUUGGGAAUGAGAAAAUGAUAUGCGACAUUUGCAGAAGAUCAGAUGUGGAUGAAACUCAACUCGGUCAAAAAUGUUGUUAUAUGAAUUAUAAAUUACAUUAUUUCUGUUUGCUACUAACACAAAAUACAUAUCAGACUGCUAAGCCAGACACUGGUAUUUUUGGUUUUACUGCGAAAACUAUUCAAGCUGCAUAUCGAAGAAUAUCACAAAAGAUAUGCCAUUAUUGUGGUGAGAAGAGGGCGAAUAUUAAAUGCUAUGAUGAAUAUUGCAUGAUAUUCUAUCAUCUGCCAUGUGGAAUUUUAAAUGAAUGUGUUACGCAAUAUUUUGAGACAUUCAACACCUACUGCCCUGAUCAUGCUCCAAAACAGAUUGUUUCAAAUGAAGACAUGUUGUACUCUUUGGCUAAUUCACGAUUUGAAGACUGCUGUGGUAUCUGUUAUGAUACAUUAAUUCCUGAAAUUAAUUAUAAAACUUUGUGGCCACCUUGUUGUCGAAAUGGGUUUUUUCAUAGGAAAUGCAUUUUGCAAUUUGCCUUCUCUGCGGGUGAGUCGCAUUUCAAAUGCCCGCUUUGCAAUGACAAAAAUGUUUUUGUUGAAGAAAUGCGAAGAAUUGGAGUAUAUGUUCCAAAAAAAGAUGCUUCAUGGGAAUUGGAGCCGGAAGCCUUCUAUGAUUUAUAUUUGAGAUAUGAUAAGUGCGAUGCUGAACCUUGUUUGUGUCCAGAUGGUAAAAAUCAUAGAGGACGCGAAGAUUCUCGUUCACUGCACGCUGCUCUUUUAAUACCAACGGUCUUCGGUGUUCGUAUUCUCUCCCACUUGAAAACCACUUGAAAUUGUAAUGUCACGCAAUCAGAUAGGAAGAAAGGAUUAGGGUCCAGUUGAAAAAUAGAUGUCGUUACGAGAAAAAAUAUUCUAUGAUGAGAUGGUUUGUUUAUAAGAUUUGUUAUACAUUGUUAUAAUUAAAAAUGUAUGUACAUCUAUAUACAUAUUCAUAUACACAAACGUAUACCCACAGUACAAAACGUCACAUAUACCAAUACCUAUAUGCCUAUAAUAUACAUAAUAUGCAUACAUACACAUAACCAUAUACACAUCACACAG